AUGUGGUCGAGUCUGAACAUUCUUGCAGCGCUGGCCUUAGUGCCAUUGAGCGCUGCCUUCAACAACCCCCCCGGGGUGGAUAUCUGGUGUGGCAAGGCCUAUCGCGCGAGUAAUGCCUCAUUCAAUCCGGGGGGAUGGUUCGAAGAGCCCUCGUACUCCGCGACGCCUCUGCUCAACCUCAAAGUCCGGCCCCGGAUGAGCAUCUAUCUCUCCAACGACCCCGGCGGCAGUCUUUUAGUGGAUACUGGCGUAUCGCAUCGCAUCGGCGACCCCUUGCCCCUGACAGCAACAGCAAGCAGCAAUCACAGCUCGCAGACCUUGCACCUACGCAUUGAAAUCAGCGACACAAACGGGACAGCACUCACGUCUAUCACCAACUACACCCUCCCACUGGACACGCGCAACAAAGAGAUUCCCAUCCCAGUGCAGGACCUUUUCGCUCAACUCCAGCCGUACACCGUGACCGUCCACGCCACUCUGCCCUCGUCCAACACGACAAGCAAGAACCCAACCACCUUCACCAAAAGCACCUCACUGUACCGCCUCCCCCGACGCACCGACGGGGGCAGCGCCACGCGCAUCGACAACCUGUACGGGGGAUUGGCCUACCAAACCAGCACGGAAGAAAGCUGGACCUCGAUCUUCCCCUACACCUACUACGCCCAAUGGACCUUGUACUGGGACACAAGCCCCACAACCCUAACAACCUUCACCUCGCAAAAGUACAACGUAAUCCACAUCGUGCCGACGGGGGCCCUCUCAUCAACAACAACCGCCUACCCCUGGUCCACCCUCAACCCCUACCUCGAACUGGCCGACCACACGCACCUCAAAUUCCAAUACGACCUCCUCUUGGACCCCACCAACACCAGCACAAUGCUUACACAAGCCCAAACCCUGCACACACACCCCUCCCUCCUCCUCUGGUAUCUGGCCGACGAACCCGACGGAAAAGCCACCGCCCCAUCCUCCCUCACCACCGCCUACACCACCCUCAAAACCCUCGACCCAUACCACCCGAUCUCCCUCGCCCUCAACUGCGCCAACUUCUAUUACGAAGAAUACGCCUCCGCCGCCGACAUAAUUCUAUCGGACGUGUACCCCGUCGCCACGAACACGAGCUGGAGCAGCGUGUACGACACCCCGUGUAACGCGACGUACGGCUGCUGCGGGUGCGACGACUGCGCCGGAAAGUUCGAGGAUAUCGCGACCCGGCUGGACACUUUCCGGGGUUUCGACGAAGUCGUGGGCUGGGAGAAGGUGCAUUGGGCGGCGCCGCAGGCGUUUGGGAACGAGACGUUCUGGACGCGCUACCCGUCCGCGCGGGAGGAGGUGGUGAUGAAUCUGCUGGGUGUCAAUCAUGGGGCGAUGGGGGUCGUGAUGUGGGAUUUUCCGACCUCCGAGGAGAUCAGUGCCGUCACCGGUGAAUUGGCGGAGGUGGUGACGAGUGCGGAGAUCACGGGGCUUUUUGGUGGGGACGGCGAGAAGGAGGGUGGAGGUGAGUGGGGAGGGGAGGGCGAGGGUGGAUGUGGCGGGGUGGGUGGAUUUGAAGGCGAAGAGGGCUUUGGUUAG